AUGAAUUACUUCAGCAGGCAGCGAUGGUCACAAAAGCUUACAAGUAUAAUUUUGGCCGUUCGUCCGUGGUCUUUCUCGGCGUCUAUAACAAGUACUUUGCUUGGACUUUGCCUCGUGUGGAAAGAAAACAAAAGUAUCGACAUUAUCCAAGCGAUCUUUACCAUCGCGACAGUUUUAUUUAUUCACGGCGCUGGGAAUUUGGUGAACACUUACUAUGACUUUAUCAACGGUUUUGAUACAAAGGAUUCUGACGAUAAAACUCUGGUCGAUAAAUUGCUUUCACCAAAUGAUCUUGUCGCUUGUAUCACGGAGUUCUAUGUAAUGGGAAUCGUGUGCUUUAUUGCCAUUUAUCUCCGCUCAGAUGAAGACACUGUGCCUUUGAUUGCACUGUUUCUAUGCGGUGUGCUGAGUUCGUUUAUUUACACCGGAGGAAUCGGCUUAAAAUAUAUGGCACUUGGUGAUAUCCUGAUCUUUCUUACGUUUGGUGCUCUGGCUACGGUGUUCGCUUACCUAAUUCAAACCGGUGAAAUUUCAUUCGGAAUUAUUGCCUAUGCAUUACCCUUGGCACUGAACACAGAAGCCAUUCUACACGGGUAAGUAAAUAGUUACAGGUUAUUCAGGUCCCAUUCAAUUCAAUUGUACGUUUUAAUAUACUCAGAACAUGACUAUUACGUCGUGUACAUGACUCUAUUGUCGCGUUCCGCGCGCGAGGCGAACGCGAGACUCGUGCACACGAGGCAGACAUGUACUUCAUCAGAAAACCAUCUAUUUGCCGUUUGCCACUUAUGAUGUGUAUAUGGCAAACAGCCGAGCUAUCUGUAAGUCAUUUAGUGUUAACAACUGGGUUGAAAACGUAAAUUGGCCAUCGUAAAGGGUAAAAAAGCUGACGUUUCGAGCGUUAGCCCUUCGUCAGAGCUGACGAAGGGCUAACGCUCGAAACGUCAGCUUUUUUACCCUUUACGGUGGCUAAUUUACGUUUUCAACCCAGUUGUUAACACUAAAUUACCUGCUAUACUCUCCCACCGACGCAGCACCACAGUAUCUUUAGAAACUUGCCCCUUUAUUUAUCUGUAAGUCAUACCUGACAAAACUAUCAUUAUGCACGACAUCGUACAUGAACGCAAUUCCCUACCCCCCUCACAUGAUUCCUCAUACCAAUUGUAUCUCCGACACGAGUUGUUCUUAGGCUGAAACUCAAUUGUAUUUAAAAUUGUCCUUUCCCUCUCUUCAGGAACAACACACGUGAUCUGGAGAGUGAUAAAUCAUCAGGAGCUGUGACAUUGGCCAUUCUACUUGGCAAGCAGUAUGCUUGCGUUCUGUACUGCUUACUUCUGAUUGGUCCAUAUGUUGUACUGUGUAUCCUGGCCUUGAAUUCUUCUUGGACUCUACUAUUCCCUUUCGUAACGGCCCCACUGGCUGUUCAUUUCUCGUCUCUAUGUCUCCAUGGAGAUAUGAUCAUGAUUCCUCAAAAAACCGCUCAGCUCAAUCUCCUGUUUGGCUUACUUUACUUGACUGGGCUGAUUAUUUCAUAA